GCGCUUAAAUGCGAGCUGCUUGCAGUUGCAAUCUUAGUGCAGUGCCAGAUACAGACGCUGCAAGAUCGGCGACAUCAUGUUUGCAAAUCUGUUUUGCUUGCUGCUGCUCGUUGUCUUUGCCAACGCGGCGCCGUCGGGGAAGAUAACAGGCCGUAUUGAAGGAGGUACCUUUAGUCUGACGCCUCUUGAUGACGACAAAUACUUACUAAAAACUACCCGGGAGGGCACUGUGAAAGAAGAGAUCGUGACACAGACGAAUCGUGAUGUGUUUCGAGUGAGGUGCUACACCGUCGAGUCAAUUCCGUACGGAAGUUUUAUUAUUACCUAUGAUCAAUCUCUCAAGGUGUAUAAUGCAAGUUUUUAUUGUGAAAAGACAGAGUUUCCAUCUGGACGGGGUGGUGGUACUCUAAGCGGAGGUUGUUUAAAAUGUACCACAGGUUAAAACAAU